UGGGGACGACUCUGGAUUCCCGGGGGCCCAGCGUCAUCACAGCGUCCUUAUAAGAGGGAGGCGGGAGGGUCAGACGCAGAGAGAGACGGGAGAUGCUGCGCUGCUGGCUGUGAGGAUGCAGGAGGAGCCGCGAGCCAGGGAUGCGGCGCCUCUGGAAGCUGGAAAAGGCAGGAACCGAUGCUCCCCUGGAGGCUCCGGAAGGACCAGCCCUGCCCACACCUGGAUUUAGCCCCAUGAGACCCAUGUUGGAGUCCUGUCCUGCCUCUAUCUCUCUGUCUCCCUCUGUCUCUGUGUCUAUCUCUCUGUCUCUGCCUCUCUUCCAUGUCUCUGCCACUGGGUCUCUCCCACCUCCACCUCACCUUCUCCGUCCAUCCCACGCCCUCACACCCUUGUCGAAAUGCUGAGUGAUGGGCUGGGAGGACCACCCUCCCCCGCCCCGGCACUGAUGGAGCCCACCCUGGUCCUCCGGGCUGGGCACUGCGUUCUGGCGAGGUACCCUCUGUGCCUCCGAGGCGUGUGUGGGGUGAGCCUACUGUGAGCAGCGGCCACUGAGCCUCCGUUCCCCUUCCUGUGACACUGGCCCCCUCUCUGCACAGGGCUACCCCUAGCCCCAGUGGCUCUCCUCCAUGCUGUGCGGGGUCCCCUGCCUCCCAGAUGUCCCUCUGCGUCUCCACUUUAGUGACUGAUGGCGGACGGGCACGGGGUCUCAGCAAAGCCUCCGCAAGGCAGCACAGGGCCUCUGACCUGUGUGUCCCCUGUGUGUGGCCCCUCACCAAGGCCCUGCUGCCCCUUCCCUGCUCGGAAGCCUCCAUGGCUCCCCGGUACCCACAGGAGAAGCCCCUGCCUUCAAGGCCCUGAACUGACCUGACAAGCUCGCUGUUCUCUGGCCACCAGAGCCCGUGCUUCAGCCGUGAAGCCAGAUCACCUCAUCUGUACCCACAACCCCGAGAAACGCCAGCACCGCGAGGGUGGGUGCCUUUGUCACAUUGGGCUCCAUCUCCAGCACUUACCGGAGGCUGGUAAUGCCGUAGGCACUCAAUACCUCAAUACAUGCAACCAAGGCAGCAGCAGUCACAAGGCUUUCUGGAGGCUGGGGUUGCAGAUGGGGAAACUGAGGUUUGAGGCAGUGACGGGCAGGGCGGGACCCGGACCCCCUUCAGCUGGAGAGCUGGUCCCCAGCCCUGAGGGGCAGCGAGGGCUGUUGUGCUGCCAGCUGCGUACCUGGGAGAUGCUGGGUAAGCCGGGGCAUGGCACGCAUUAGGGACCUCUGGGGUCACAUGUCUUGGCAGAGCCGGGAGCCCCCCAGAGCCCCCGUGCCCACUCCACUGCCCUGGCUCCUGGCUUCCCGUGCCAUUACGAUUAUCAUCAACGACCCCGAUGCAGGAGAAUCAUCAGGCUUUCCGAAGCACGGGCUCAGAACUGGGCUGGUGGGGCCUCUGACCACAGGCCACAGCCCAGUUCCCCAUUUCCGGGCCGUUGGGCGGUGGGUGGACCACGGCCCGCAGAGCUCUCCAGGGAGAGGCUGACCUGCAGCAGCCAUGAGGCCCGGGGAGGGGAGCUGGGCCUGCCUGCUGCUGACUCUGACCGCCUUCCAGAUGCUGCCCAUGAGGCCCCCAGGCUCCUGGGCGUCCCGAAUCAUCGGGGGCCACAAGGUGACCCCCCACUCCCGGCCCUACAUGGCGUCCGUGAGUUUCCAGGGCCAGCACCACUGCGGGGGCUUCCUGCUGCAGACCCGCUGGGUUGUGUCGGCCGCCCACUGCUUCAGAGACAGAGACCCCCAAACGGGCCUGGUGGUGCUAGGGGCCCACGACCUGCGCACCGCAGAGGCCACGCAGCAGGUGUUCAGCAUCUCGGCUGUCUUCACGCACCCCGACUACCAUCUGGCCACCCACACCAGUGACAUCUGUCUGCUGCGGCUGAACAGCUCUGCCAUCCUGGGUCCUGCAGUGGGGCUGCUGGGGCUGCCACGGAGGCCACCCAGGGCCGGGGCACGGUGCCAGGUGGCCGGCUGGGGCUCCGUGUCCGACUUCGAGGAGCUGCCGCCUGUGUUGAUGGAGGCCGAGGUCCGCGUGCUGGGCCUGGACAUCUGCAACAGCUCCUGGAAGGGGCGGCUGAGCCCUGCCAUGCUCUGCACCCGCAGUGGGGACCGCCGGCGACGUGGCUUCUGCUCGGCAGACUCUGGGGGGCCCCUGGUUUGCAGAAAUCGGGCCCAUGGCAUCGUCUCCUUCUCCGGCCUCUGGUGCGGCGACCCCAAGACCCCCGACGUGUACACACUGGUGUCCGCCUUCGUGACCUGGAUCUGGGACGUGGUUCGGCGGGGCCCGCACGGCCCCCAGCCCAGCCCCCCACCCAGGACCACUGGGGGCCCAGCAGGAGUUGCCUGA